UGACUAUCCACGGACGUGUCGUCGAUGACGGAUAUUUGACUGGCGGGAUCUGUAGACACAUCACAAUUCUCUCUUUCGUUCCGGCAAGUCAGGAGAGGAAGGUUAAAUCAUGGCACCGCAGGCUGUGCCAGCUUUCAAGCAUGAAGAGGAGAGCACGGGCAUCAACGCCAUCCUCCUGGGGCCUCCAGGCUCAGGCAAGGGCACUCAGGCGCCGCUGCUGAAGGAGAAGUUCUGCGUCUGCCACCUGUCCACGGGCGACAUGCUGCGGGCGGAGAUCGCCUCGGGCUCCAAGCUGGGCGGGCAGCUGAAGAAAGUGAUGGACGAGGGGAAGCUGGUGUCGGAUGAUCUCGUAGUGGACAUGAUCGAUAGCAAUCUGGACAAGCCAGAGUGUCGGAAUGGCUUUCUGCUCGAUGGCUUUCCCAGGACGGUCGUUCAGGCCGAGAAGCUGGACACGUUGCUGGAGAAGCGCAAGAGCGGCCUGGACGCAGUCGUGGAGUUUGGCAUUGACGACAGUCUCCUCGUGAGGCGGAUCACGGGACGGUUAAUCCAUCCGCCGAGCGGACGUUCUUAUCAUGAGGAGUUUCAUCCACCGAAAUCCCACAUGAAAGAUGAUGUGACGGGAGAGCCGCUGAUCCGGCGCAGUGAUGACAACGUGGAGGCGCUGAAGAAGCGUCUCGAUGCCUAUCACAAGCAAACCCGCCCCCUCGUCGAUUACUACGCCCUACGCGGACUGCAUUAUCGCGUUGACGCCGCCAAGAAGGCCUCCGAGGUGUUCCAGAACAUCGACAGUAUAUUCCUGAAGCAGCGCUCCUCGCGCCUGAGGGCUCGCAUCUGAGGCGACACACGGCCUGAACACUUGCCAGGGAGUUGCAGAGAAUCAAAGGGAUACAGAGCACAACAAGGUAACGCCAAUAGUUCAAUGCAGAGAAAUACAAGACAACAAAUCCUCCAUUCCCGAUCAUAUCAGCACAACCGGAAUCCCUCAAUGCAAUCGUCCGCAGUAUGGUAAAAGUGAAGAGGAAAUAUAUUUGGGAGAAUGUUAAGGAA